CGGGGCGCUGGUCCUCUCCGCCGCCGCCCCCGAGAUGGGCCCCCCGCGGCACCCCCGGGCGGGCGACGGGGAAGCGGGAGGUGCUGGCGGGGAGCGGCGGCUGCAGGUGGAGAUGAGUUCGCAACAGUUCCCGCGUUUGGGAACCCCUUCCACUGGGCUCAGCCAGGCUCCUUCACAGAUGGUGAGCAGCGGCUCCACAGGCUUGAUGAGCCCCACUGCUCCAGUCAAUGAUGAAUCUGGUCGAGAUACUGAAGCCGCUGCCAGGGAGCACGUGGGUUCGAGUAGCUCCCUCCAGACCCGGGAAGAGAAGCAAGAGCCAGUUGUGGUCAGGCCCUAUCCACAGGUGCAGAUGCUGUCAACACACCACGCCGUGGCAUCAGGCACACCGGUUACAGUCACGGCCCCACCAGCACAUCUGACGCCAGCAGUGCCACUGUCGUUCUCGGAGGGACUUAUGAAGCCGCCCCCGAAGCCCACCAUGCCUAGCCGUCCCAUUGCUCCUGCUCCACCUUCCGCCUUGUCACUUCCCCCCAAGGUUCCAGGGCAGGUCACUGUCACCAUGGAGAGCAGCAUCCCUCAAGCUUCAGCCAUUCCUGUGGCAACAAUCAGUGGACAACAGGGCCAUCCUAGUAACCUGCAUCACAUCAUGACCACAAAUGUACAAAUGUCCAUUAUCCGAAGCAAUGCCCCGGGGCCUCCACUUCACAUUGGAGCGUCUCACUUACCACGAGGUGCAGCUGCCGCCGCUGUGAUGUCUAGUUCUAAAGUAACCACUGUCCUCAGGCCGACCUCUCAGCUGCCAAAUGCUGCAGCCGCCCAGCCAGCAGUGCAGCACAUCAUCCACCAACCAAUCCAGUCUCGUCCGCCUGUGACCACGUCUAACACCAUCCCUCCUGCCGUGGUAGCCACUGUCUCAGCCACCAGAGCUCAGUCUCCGGUCAUUACGACAACGGCGGCACACGCGGACUCAGCACUUAGUCGUCCAACUUUGUCAAUCCAGCAUCCGCCAUCUGCAGCAAUUAGUAUCCAGCGUCCAGCCCAGUCGCGGGAUGUAACCACAAGGAUCACGCUACCAUCUCACCCCGCGCUGGGGACGCCGAAGCAGCAGCUUCAUACCAUGCCGCAGAAAACCAUCUUCAGUACCGGCACUCCCGUGGCUGCAGCGACCGUGGCACCUAUCCUGGCAACCAACACCAUUCCUUCCGCAACUACAGCUGGAUCUGUGUCUCACACACAGGCUCCCACAAGUACAAUUGUUACCAUGACAAUGCCCUCACAUUCAUCCCAUGCUACUGCUGUGACUACCUCAAACAUCCCAGUUGCUAAGGUCGUGCCGCAGCAGGUCACUCACACUUCUCCUCGGAUCCAGCCUGACUACCCUGCGGAGAGGAGUAGCCUCAUUCCCAUCUCAGGACAUCGGGCCUCUCCAAACCCGGUGGCCAUGGAAACCCGAAGUGACAACAGACCGUCUGUUCCUGUUCAGUUCCAGUACUUUCUGCCAACAUACCCAUCUUCUGCUUACCCGCUGGCUGCGCACACCUACACCCCCAUCACCAGCUCAGUGUCCACCAUCCGACAGUACCCAGUUUCAGCUCAAGCCCCAAACUCUGGCAUCACAGCUCAGACCGGCGUCGGAGUGGCAUCUACAGUUCACCUGAACCCUAUGCAGCUGAUGACAGUGGAUGCGUCUCAUGCCCGACAUAUUCAAGGCAUCCAGCCAGCACCCAUCAGCACACAAGGAAUACAGCCAGCCCCCAUUGGGACCCCAGGAAUACAGCCAGCACCAAUCGGCACCCAGGGAAUUCACUCAGCGACCCCAAUCAGCACACAGGGACUCCAGCCGGCACCACUGGGUACCCAGCAGCCCCAGCCUGAAGGAAAGACUUCAGCAGUGGUGCUGGCAGACGGAGCUACAAUCGUAGCCAACCCUAUCAGCAAUCCUUUCAGUGCUUCUCCGGCGGCAACAACCGUGGUGCAGACCCACAGUCAGAGUGCUAGCACCAGCGCCCCAGCCCAGGGCUCUUCCCCCCGGCCAAGUAUUCUCCGGAAGAAGCCCGCCACAGACGGAACGGCAGUUCGGAAAACUCUCCUUCCUCCUCAGCCUCCUGAAGCGGCCAGUCCUCGGGUGGAGAGCUGUAUGCGGGGCACAGCCGGCUCUCCAAGGCCAGCAGGUGCCAAACCGAAGUCGGAAAUGCAUAUGUCGAUGGCCACUCCAGUCUCUGUGUCUGUGGAGACCAUGUCCAGUCAGAAUAGUGAUCAGCCCACCAUUGCAGUACCUCCGACCACACAGCAGCCUCCACCAGCCAUUCCAGCCAUGAUCGCGGCAGCUAGCCCCCCGUCCCAACCAGCGGCCGCCCUUUCAACCAUUCCUGGAGCGGUUCCCAUCACUCCGCCCAUCACCACCAUUGCUGCCCCCCCACCUCCUGUGGCAGUGGGGGGCAGUCUCUCCUCUGUGUUGGGCCCUCCUGUACCUGAGAUAAAAGUUAAAGAAGAAGUGGAACCAAUGGACAUCAUGAGGCCAGUUUCAGCAGUGCCUCCCUUGGCCGCCAGUGCAGUGUCGCCAUCUCUUGCACUGCUGGCUAACAACCUGUCCAUGCCUACAAGUGACCUGCCGCCCGGUGCCUCCCCAAGGAAGAAGCCUCGAAAGCAACAGCACGUGAUUUCCACUGAGGAAGGAGAUAUGAUGGAGACUAACAGCACCGAUGAUGAAAAAUCCACUGCUAAGAGUCUCCUGGCGAAGGCUGAGAAGCGCAAGUCCCCGCCCAAGGAGUAUAUCGAUGAGGAAGGUGUGAGGUAUGUUCCAGUGCGCCCGCGGCCUCCCAUCACUUUGCUCCGUCAUUAUCGGAACCCCUGGAAAGCUGCUUACCACCACUUCCAACGGUACAGUGACGUCCGGGUCAAAGAGGAGAAGAAAGCUAUGCUUCAGGAAAUAGCUAAUCAGAAAGGAGUAUCCUGUCGUGCCCAAGGCUGGAAGGUCCACCUCUGCGCCGCCCAGUUACUACAGCUGACAAACCUAGAACAUGAUGUUUAUGAAAGACUCACCAACCUGCAGGAAGGAAUCAUCCCCAAGAAAAAAGCGGCCACUGAUGACGAUCUGCAUCGAAUAAGUGAACUGAUACAGGGGAACAUGCAGCGGUGUAAACUUGUGAUGGAUCAAAUCAGCGAGGCCAGAGACUCCAUGCUUAAAGUGUUAGACCACAAAGACCGCGUGCUGAAGCUUCUGAACAAGAACGGGACUGUCAAGAAAGUGUCAAAACUGAAGCGCAAGGAAAAAGUCUAGGCCCAGAAGAAUCAGGACUUUGGAAACAGAAUUUAUAAAGAAUAACAGGAGGGGUUUGGGGGGGAGGGUUCUGGUUAUCUUCCGAGUGGAACAUUGAAAUAAAGGAUUUGUUCCCAUGUGACAGCAGAGGGACCCGCGGCAUCCACUGGCACAAAAGGAACGGGGCUGCGGCGACACAGUGAACGCCUCUCCCAGGUGCCCCUCCUCGGCCGACUGUGUCCUGAGCAGCCCCUGGUGCCCUGGUGCCUGCCCGUUGGAGUCAGUGGCACAGACCGUUUAUCUGAUGGGUCCUUGCGGGAUCUGUGCCGAGCCCAGACUGAGAAGUAUCCACUUGGACCAUCUUGUAGCUCCACACUGAGCAUCCAAACCCUUGCCUGCACCACAGUCGGUCCUGGCUACGUCGGACCUUCAGAUGCCUGAGCCCGGCCUUCCGCAGCAGUGCCACGGCACCCAGAGACCUGCCACAGCUCUCGAAAGGGUUUGAACUAUCGGUUCUUGUCUCCCCCCCCCCCCAAGAACCAUUUCAAAGUGAAAUUGUUCUCGUCCGUCCUGCGUGUGUCAGAGCAGGGCUCUGUGGCGAUGCCGAGCUGGCAACACCGUGAGCUGCUCUGAGCCCGUGCUCUGAAGUACGUCCUUGGCUCCCUGUACUUCUGUGACUGGUGUGAUGCUGUUAAGUGUAUGUACUGCACAUCUCCGAAUGUUAAUAAAGGACUCAGAGGGUUUUGUACAGGAGCAGUUUGCAUCUUUCUCUGAAGUGUAACGGUGCUAUGCUGAGCAUCACUUGAAUUUUCACCCACGUUGAUGAGUCUGCCUUGCACUGCUGUUCACAGUUGUACCUCUUCUGGUGUUUGGAAGAUAAGCCACAAGAUGAAAUGUUGCUGACUUAACAACAGCAUCGUGUCUCAUUGCAAAUACAAGUUGGUCACGUUACAGGGCGAUGGAGGCUGUGGCGGUGGCCUCCAGGUGGGUAGCUGUUCUCUCUCGAAUCCUCUCAUCUAGCCUGAGGCAGCAGCCAGCUCUAACUGUCUUGGCCUAAAUGUUUUCCUUCCUUAGGGCUGAGCUCUCUCUCCUGACCUAAACAGAUUAGGGACACAGACCCUGGCCGGUUCUCAUCAGACCCAGGGAACCUGCUUUAACUCAUGAGACAACCACCGUCCAAUUAAAAGGUAGCUCUCAACUGCCAUUAGAUUCCAGGAGAGAGAAGCCAGGCAGGCUUUUGGCCUUCCACCAGUUAGAACACAUAGGCCUACAUAGCCCAAGCCAGCAACGUCCUUAGAAUAAUCCAGGCUGUGGGGCCAGGUGGUGGUGCACCUGGUUAAGCGCACACAUUGCAGUGUGCAAGGACUGGGUUCAAGCCCCUGGUCCCCACCUGCAGGGGGAAAGCUUCAUGAGUGGGGAAGCAGGGCUGCAGGUGUCUCACCUUCUCCCUCUCUAUAUCCUCCUUCCUCUCGGUUUCUCUGUCUAUCCAAAAAUAAAUGAAUAAAAAUAUUUAAAAAAGAGAAGAAGAAGAAUCCAGACUGGGGCCGGACGGUAGCACAGUGGGUUAAGCGCAGUGGCACAAAGCUCAAGGACCUGAAGAAGAAUCCCAUCUCCCCAACUAUAGGGAGAAGCAGUGAAGCAGGUCUGCAGGUGUCUUUAACUUUCUCUCCCCCUCUGUCUUCCCCUCCUCUCUGUCCUAUCCAACAAUGACAGCAAUAAUAACAAUAAACAACAAGGGCAACAAAAGGGGAAAAAAUAGCCUCCAGGAGCAGUGCAUUCGUAAUGCAGGCACCGAGCCCCAGCAAUCACCCUGGAAAGGAAGAAGAAAAAGAAGAAUCCAGGCUGCUUUACCUAAAGGGUUUCGCUGAACAUGCAGCCAACUUGAAAAGCUCUAUUCAGGCCUGAAUAUUGUGUGGCUGCUAAAAUUCUGUCUUCUGCCUCAAGUUUCUUACCUUCACACAUAAUUUCCCAGUGAUCUCAUGUGAUGUGCAGAGACGGACAGGAUCCAGGUAUCUGGAGACCCUCCUGCAUUAUUAACAAUAAAGUAUUACCACAUUUUUAAUUUUUAUCAGUGCACUGCUUGGCUCUGUGGUAUAAUGAUGGUGCUGGAGAUUGAACCUGGGGCCUCUGGCGUUUCAGGCACAGAAGUCUUGCUACUACUUCCCCAUCUGUCUCCUUCAUUCAAACACAAUUUAAUUACCCCUGAUUAUAGGAAAUUUGUGCUGGUUAGGACAGGAGUAUUUUCACUAUCCCUUUACAUUGAUAGGGAAGGAAUGGAGAGAAUAAAGCUCAUCUACAAAAACAACUUGGGCACUGAAGGGUAAUUGGUGUACAGUAAACUAAACCUUUUAAUGAACACCAUUGGAUAAGACUGGUAACCCAUGAAAUCACAAGACAGUAAGUAUGUCAGACCCACGAAGUUUCCUUGUGCUGCUUUUGAUUUAUUGCUCUGGUCCCUAUCUCCAGGCAAACUUUAAUCUUUUAACUAGUUUGCAUUUUCUGCAGUUUGAACCUGGGGCCUCUGUGAGUUCAAUUUCUAGAAUUUGAUAUGAAUGGAACCCGUAUUUUUUUUUGUCUUAGGGAAGUAGUCAGGCUUCUUUUACUCAGUAGGACAGAAACUUAGCCUGAGAUUUAUAAAUUGCUUCUUUCAAUAGCUCAUUGCUGUUUAUUGAUGAACAGCAGAUACUCUGGUCUAUGGCUCUAACCCACAAAUUAUCUGCUCAUCUGCAGAAAUACAGUGGGACAGACAAGGUUACCCAGGAAGGCACCGGGUUUGCCAUGCACUCAACCCAGGUUCAAACCUAGACCCAGCGCACUGGGGGAGUCGCCGGUGCAAGUCAUCCUGGAGUGGUCCGGGAGGUGGCGCAGUGAUAAAGCUUUGGCCUCUCAAGCAUGAGGUCCUGAGUUCGAUCCCUGGCAGCACAUGUGUCAGAGUGAUGUCUGGUUCUUUCUCUCUCCUAUCUUUCUCAUAAAUAAAUGUUUAAAAAAGAAAAAA